GUAUAAAAGCAAACUGGACCAUGAUGUCGCGUGCGGCUCAAUGAGACACGGCCCUUUCUGCACCCUCUCGACCUCUCUCUCCUCUCCAUCCUCAUUCCUUCUCCUCAAGCAUCACUCAUUCACUUCGCGCGCCGCUGCAGAAAGAAGCUGUGUAACGUCAUGGCCACGGCUGUCAGAAGCUCACGAGCUUCACGUCUCACACAGACGACACGAUGUAUACCGCAGAACUCCACAAGACCCUUCUCGAGCUCGCCGCUGAGAGCUUCGUACGAUGACACGGUGCACAAUCUCAAGAUUGGCAAGCACACGCGUGUUAUGUACCAGGGCUUCACAGGGCGAGUUGCCACGGGAAACGCGAAGGACAGCUUAGCAUAUGGCACCAACAUCGUUGGUGGUGUGACGCCUGGCAAGGAGGGGGAGCACAUUGGUCUCCCUCUGCUGCCAGAUAUGAAGAAAGCCAAAGAGCAGCUCAAGCCAGACGCUACAGCAGUCUUCGUGGCAGCAUCACAAUGUGCGAAAGCCAUCGAAGAUGCCAUUGAGGCUGAGAUCCCGCUGAUUGUUUCUGUUGCUGAGCAUAUCCCCGUGCAUGAUAUGAUGAGGGUUGCAAGUAUAUUGAAAACCCAAUCCAAGUCGAGACUGGUUGGCGCCAAUGCACCAGGAAUCAUUGCACCAAUUGGGUUUUGUCGAAUCGGUUUUCAGCCACUGCCUACAUUUGCUCCAGGUCACAUUGGCAUUGCUGCAAAGUCUGGCACUCUUUCCUACGAAGCGGUUGCCUCCAUCACAAGAGCAGGUCUUGGCCAAAGUCUGGUAAUUGGAAUGGGCGGCGAUAUCGUGGCAGGUACCAAUCUUGUGGAUGCUCUUAGGGUCUUCGAGAAGGACGAUGAGACGGAAGGCAUCGUUCUGAUUGGAGAAGUUGGAGGCAAGGCAGAAGAAGACGCAGCAGACUGGAUUAAGGAUUACCUGAAGCGAGAAAAGAACCCAAAGCCCAUUGCAGCCCUCGUCGGCGGCAAGUGCGCAAGACCGAACACAGUUAUGGGACAUGCAGGUGCAUGGGCAGCUCGGGGUGAGCACAACUCUCACGAAAAGUACAGCGUACUCAAGGAGGCCGGUGCUACCAUGAUCGAUCAUCCAGAGAACUUUGGUGGCAUUAUGAAGACACUCUUGUCACAGAGCGGCCGCGACGUCAAUAAGAUUCAACAGAACGCCCAGGCUACACAGAAGCGCGGAUAUCACACCCUGCGUCGAAGUCCAGCAUCAGCCCGAUCAGGUCCAGUCCUUCGCCCGCGACAACAGACACAACAGCAACGUGGACUGCACAUCGCCCCCGAGCUCACGCCAGUCCCACUCUUCCCCUACCUCUCCAAGAUCCAGGGUGUCACCCUCGCACUCGAUGAGUCUCCCAAAGACGGCUACUAUGUAGGCAUCAUCGUCGAUCGAACCGAACGCUGCCCCUGCAUCGCCGUCGCACCCACCGCCGACCCUUCCACAAUCGACGCCCGCGUCAAGCGCUUUCCCUACGAUUGGCGAGAAGGCCCCUCUGAAUCGCUCAUAGCUUCUGCAGUCGACUACCUCCAAAUCGGAUCUCAACAAACGGCUCGUCAACAAAUCACCCAACUCAUCACCUCCCUCGCAAAAAUGUACACAGAAAAGGAAGCCAUCAUUCUCUCCGGCUGUCUCUCCAUCGGCGGCUCCGGUAACCUCAAAUUACACCAACCCUCCCUCACUCUCAUGUUCGACGACGCCGCAUACCGCAGCACAAAACGACAAGAAGACAUCCAUCGCCUACGACAAAAAGACCAGGAAGUCCCCGAAGAAGUGGAAGCGGAAAAGGAUGGCAUCGUCUACGUCAAAUUUGACGACCCAGACGCCAAAAUCGGUACACUCGUCAACGGAGCCGGUCUCGCAAUGAACACCGUCGACGCACUCCGACUACAUGGUGGCUCAGCCACAAACUUCCUCGACACCGGCGGCAAAGCUACUUCCGAGACUGUGAAAAAGAGCUUCGAACUCAUUUUACAAGAUCCCCGCGUCAAAGUCAUCUUCGUGAAUAUUUUUGGCGGUCUCACAGACGGAGGCAUGAUUGCGAAUGGAAUUUUAUUGGCGUUUAAAGAGGUGGAUAUGAAGAAUAUUCCCGUCGUCGUACGGAUACGAGGCACGAAUGAGGAAGUGGGACAAAAGACAAUUGCCGAGUCUGGGUUAGGCUUGGAUGCAUUUGAUAAGUUUGAGGAUGCUGCGAAGAGGGUCAUUGAGAUUGCGAACUCAUGAUCGGUGCGUUAGGAGAAGCAUUUCAUCGUUAACAGUGUGCCGACAUUUUUGAACGGAUCUGCGAGGCAUAUACAGGGAAGAGGGUUAAACGGAAUGUGAG